AUUUUGGACACGGCGACGGUUCGGUUCGAGCCGCUGGCGAGAGGCCGGCCCAUGCCAGACCGCUGUCGCCAGGACUGCUUCCUAUUCGAUCCAAUCCUGGUGCGGGAGCUCAGCGAGGCCAUCGCCCGAGCCAAGGUGCUGGCCGACAUCGCAGGAGAAGACAUCGAGGUGGAUGCCGCCGAGAUCUGGGUCGUCAGCGACCCGUCGCAUCCUCGCUUCGGUGAGCAGGUGGAGCCAGGCAUCUUGGACGACGCUGCGCGGGCCUUGCUGCGGGAGACCACGGGGGUGGUCCAGCUGGAUGCGAACGACGCGAGCUCGGAGGUUCAUGUUUCGAGGGUCAACUCCAACGACCUGGUCGAGCGGAAGAGCAGAGUCGGGGGAGGGGGAGGUCUUCGGUUGCUGGGCACUUACCGCACCGCGGGGGACAAGCGUAUCCUGCAGGCUAAGGACGCCGUCGGGGAGCUUGAGGAGACCAAGUUCGACGACUUCCCCUUCGAUGACCCCCGCGCUGCCAAGGAGUACCUGGAUGGCAUUCUCGAGACCACUGCCAUCAGAACUGAAGAGCGCCAGCGCCCAGACUACAGCGGGCUCGGCUACAUGCUGGCGGGCUCCACCGAGGACAGGGGGAGAGUCGCCGUUCCGAAGUUCACCAAGUGGGUCGCCGAGAAGCGGCACCAGGGUGCCUUCGCGCUCAAAGAGUCCCGACUGCUACGCGAGAAGAGGCAGGCCGACGAGAAGAGGCGUGGCAAGGGCCCCAAGGGGCCCAAGGGCGGCGGCAAGUCUGGUGCCGCCGACUCGGGUCAGAACAACGGGGGCUGA